UUUUUCAUGUUCAAAAUCUGUUCACGCAGCGUGUUUAGCGUUCUUCCUGACUCAUAAGUUACACACGAAGAAGAUGAAAGUGACAGUGAACAUGUUGCUUCCACAUCUAAGCGCUCACAAUGAGGAUCUUCAAGCUUCUUCUGCUGUCUUUCGCCAUCUUCUCUCCGAAUAUCCUCUCAGCCUCACAUCCAUGGCGACGAUACGACCCCUGCCCAUCCUCAAUCUCAGCCAAGAUCCCUGGCACCUGUAACGGCCACCCUCAAUUCGAGACCAUGUCCGACGUGCACCACGCGCUUCUAUCCUGCCCCAAUAUCACCGCUCUGGAUCUCCGCAUCGCUGUCCCAGGCUGCAGCGACUGGACCGAUCGCUUGAAUCUUCCUCUGAGCCUGCAUGGCGGCAAGUGCUAUCCUCCACUCCGCUCUCUGACCCUGGGAACCUACUACUUCUCCGGGCGCCCAGUCGAUGAGACCCAGUGGGAGAGGCCAGGCCUGACAUGGUACGAGCGGGCUCUCGAAUGGGCCCUCUCCGGCCCCGCAUCAUUCAAGCGUCUAUCUUACCUCCAUCUGCCUCAGCUGCAACGCGAAAAGACGAACCUCGAUCUCUGGCUCGACGCCAUGGACUUCGGUAAGCUCGAAAACCUCGCCUUGUCAGCCGGACGCAGUUCUGUUGAUGACAAAUUCUUCCUCAACAAAAUGGCCACACACCUCACCGGCCUGAAACGCCUUCUACUCAAUCACGAGACCGAACGGUCUGACGAAACCUUCACCUUCCUGCAUAACCUCAACUCAUCGCUGACUCACCUGACCUUGACGAACAUCUGGGACACAGAGAGCAAUACAAACAUCCUCACGCCUAUCGUCGCCACCCACGGUGACUCCCUUCAAUACCUCGACAUUCAUUCCUUCGAACCAAACGUCGAGCUCUCGCCUGUAUUCUCUCCCCAGCAACUAAUCGACAGCCUUCCUCGGCUCCUGAACCUUUCGCACCUCGCGCUGAACAUCGCACGAAACGGCACAUGGCCCCUUGAAACCUUUGCAGCGAUUGCCUCCAGCACAUCACAUCUGACAAGCCUAGAUCUAUGGCUCAACAUCGCAUCAGAAUGCCGGCACCAGAAGCCAGAUUUACCACCCUGGCACCCAAAGCACAGUCCUACCCAAGGCACUUGCACCGGCGCUGAACAGUUCCUCCUGCCGUAUGUCAACGAGACAACAGCUCUCAAAGUAUUUGAGUUCUUGCGCCAGCACAAAGCAGGCAGCGUCCUGCAAAACGUCACGUUCUGGGUUGGAGACUGGACUAGACCGUGGGCUGGGCCGCACGUCCCGAGUUGGAUAGAAGGCCGAAAAGCAUUGGUCAGAUGCACAAGCGAGGCAGACCCAGACGGAAGAGGUCAGUGCCAUGUCGAGGUUGGAGAGAGAUAUUGGGAAAGAGGAGACCAAGACGCACGGGACUGGGCAUAUAUUGAAGGACAGCUUGCUAGGCUGGCAGAGCCUAAACGAUAAUGACUGGGAACUCUGAUUCUUCUCUUGUGCCAUGUCGAAGUCGGAGAAGAAUAUUGGGAGAAAGGGAGACAGCGACGAAUGCAAUUACGGGUACAGAAAAGACCCAAGGUAUCUUGGUAUCAUGCAGGUCAAUGAAAUUACCUAGGAGAAGAUCGGUACUCAUACACAUGUGAAGGUAGCCCAUGUCGCUCAAUACCCUCGAUGUCAUCCAGCACUCGUAUUAGCCCCACUCUCUGCAAUUCGUAACCAUUCCGUACAAAUCGCGACGACACAGCCCUAAAACGCCUCAAAGCUUUUGUGAGAAAGCGCUUUUCGAUAAUG